AUGUGUUCCGUGUACUCUGCCCUAACAGGUGAGGUCCUUCUUGUGGUGGAUGACUAUGAAGGGAAAACCGCAAAGGAAAUGAAGCAGUCUGUUGCAGCUCAGAUUGGCAUACCCAGAUUCCGGCAGAGGUUUUUCUCUGAAGAGGCUCACGAAAUAAAGGAUGACCAGAUUUUUGCCAGCGAGCCUGUGGACGUCCAGCUGACCGUUUUGGAACUAAGGCCACCAGACAUUGAGGAAGACCAAAAGUUGAUAGUGGCAUCCAAGGGCAAUGACUCAGGGGCUGUGGAAGAGAUGCUUCAGUGCCUGCGAAGCCCGAAUGUGGCAGAUGCAGAUGGCAGAACUCCCCUGCAUCACGCGGCUGCCAACGGUUCGGUGGAGCCAGCGCGGCUCAUACUUGAAGCAGGUGCAGCGAGAGAUGCUCGAGACACAACACCUGCUGGCUGUACGCCAUUGCAUUGGGCAGCUGCGCGAGGUCAUACGGACACUGUUGCCUUGUUGCUUGAAGCAAGGGCUGGUGUGGAUGCAGCCACACUUGACUUUGGAGAAACGCCGUUGUUUGCUGCGGUGCAUCAAGGCCAUGUGGAAGUUGUUCGUUUGCUGACCCAGGGUGGCGCUGACGUCAACAGAGCCACAACAGAUGAUGGAUCAACUUCUUUGUUCUUCGCAGCCUAUGAGGGCCAUGUGGAAGUUGCCCGCUUGCUGCUAGAGGCCGGCUGUGACAUCAACAAAGCCAGAAGAGACGACGGAGCGACGCCACUGCACGUCGCAGCUGAGUUGUGCCACGUGGAAGUUGUUCGUUUGCUGAUUCAGGGGGGUGCAGACAUCAACAAAGCCCGAACACAUGAUGGAGUGACACCAUUGCUCAUGGCAGCUCAGAAGGGUCAUGUGGAAGUUGUUCGCUCGCUGUCAUCCGCGGCUGGUGCUGACAUCAACAAAGCCAGAACAAAUGAUGGAGCAACACCGUUGUUCAUGGCUGCUUGGAAGGGUCAUGUGGAGGUUGUCCGCUUGCUGAUCCGCGCUGGCGCUGACGUCAACAAAGACAGAACGAAGGAUGGAACCACACCGUUGAACAUCGCAGUUUUUGAGGGCCACGAGGACAUUGUUCAAAUGCUCAAGGAGGCUGGUGCCAUGAGCGAUGGCGAUUGA